GUGAGCUGUUGAAGACAGUCAACCCCAAAGCUAUGGGGCUGUUCAACCAAGCCGAGCUGUGUCCUUAUCCAGCAGCCUUGGACAAGGGUCAACUUCUGGACGAGCAGAAAUGCAGCCAGUCGCCAGAUUGCGAGGGUUCCCCGGCUCCGGGCAACGCCGAAGGGGACUCCCUUUCUUCUGAAAACGAUUCCCCGCCAGGAAGUCAUUCCAGUGGCUGUGUGGAAGAUGAUGAAGCCAGUAGCACAGAGAGCGCCCAGCAUGGGCAUGUGAGUCCUUGCAGUGGAAGCACUGGUGGUGAUCCUGAAGGCGAUCAGCGUGCGGCUCUGAGGAAAAUCUCAGCUCUUGAAAAUCGGCUCAAGGAGCUGCAUCAUCGGAAGAAAGAGCUGAAUAUAGAGAUGGACCUGGAAGGUGCCUUGUUAGAAGGGGAACUGCAGGAAGAGAGGCGGGCGCUGAAGCAGGAGGAGGAACGGCUGCUGGAACUGAAAGAACGUCUCCUGCAGACAGAGCUCAAGUGCCGCGAAGAACGGGAGAAGGUCAUUGUCCAGCGGGACUGA